UUUGGCGACCAAUACGUCAAACAACACAACAGAAACACAUUGAAAGUGUUGGGAACGGCCGGCGAACCCAUCAAUCCUGAGGCCUGGCUUUGGUUCUGGGAUGUGGUCGGCGACCGUCGGUGUCCUGUCGUCGACAACUACUGGCAAACAGAGACUAGCGGACCAAUGAUCUCAUCCAUACCGGGGGCCACACCUAUGAAGCCCGGAUCGGCUACCCUUCCCUUUUUCGGUGUUAUACCGGCGAUACUGGACUCCGAGGGCAGAGAAUUGGAGGGCCCGGCUGUGGGACAGUUGGUGUUUAAGAAGCCGUGGCCGGGUAUCGCCCGUACCAUUGAUGGCAAACACGAUAGGGGCUAUUACUGUACGGGCGAUGGCGUCCAACGGGACGCCGACGGCUACUAUUGGUUGACCGGUCGUAAUGACGACACUCUCAACGUUUCCGGACAUCUAUUGUCUACCGUAGAGGUGGAGACGGCUGUUGUCGAGCACCGGGCGAUCGCAGAGGCGGCCGCAGUGUCGGCCCCGCAUGCCAUCAAAGGCGAGUGCAUUCACGUGUUUGUUGUGUUGAUUAAUGGCUUUAAACUUACGGCUGAACUGGAGAUCGAUAUCAAACGCAGAGCUCGUGUUAAAAUCGGAGCCCUCGCAGAGCCAGAUGUGAUCCGCGCUGUGAGUGGACUCCCGAAGACUAAAUCGGGUAAAAUUAUGCGAAGGAUAUUGACUAAAGUGGCCCGAAAUGAGCGCGAUUUAGGCGACACGUCCACAAUGGCUGAUCAGUCAGUACUUCAGGAGCUGUUCGCUACGGGUGCCAGCGAUAGCAUUAAAUAUUGA